CUCCGGGAGCGAGAUGAAGAGGAAGAGGCAGCCCGGGGUCGGCGGCGGCGCCAGCGGGAAUUAAAUCGCAGAAAGUACCAGGCACUAGGCCGGCGCUGCCGGGAGAUCGAGCAGCUCAUGCUCUGGCUGGAGAGGCGGUCAGUCAGCAGAAUAAGCAAAGAGGCGGAGAGGCUGCGUCCUGCCUCCUCAGAUGAGCACUAGGAGGAAAUAAAGCUAAGAGUGAAUGGCCUGGUGGGGUUCUGGCAUGGGAAGGGGGGGCGGGUGUGUUGCAACUUUUUUUUUUGAAACAGAAUCUCGCUCUGUUGCCCAGCCUGGAGUGCAGUGGGGUGAUCUCAACUCACUUCACCCCUCCACCUCCCAGGUUCGUGCGACUAUCCUGCAGGCACCUGCCACCAUGCCCAGCUAAUUUUUUGUAUUUUUAGUAGAGAUGGGGUUUCAUCAUGUUGGCCAGGCUGGUCUCGAACUCCAGACCUCAGGGGAUCUACUCGCCUCGGCCUCCCAAAGUGCUGGGAUUACAGGCGUGAGCCACCGCGCCUGGCCUGGUGUGUUUCGACUUAAUGGGAGGUUCAGGCUCUCUGAGCAGGUGAACGAGCGGGUCCUGAACAGGCUCCAUCAGGUGCAGAGGAUAACUCGGAGGCUGCAGCAGGAACGGAGGUUCCUCAUGAGAGUGCUGGACUCCUACGGGGAUGACUACCGGGCCAGCCAGUUCACCAUUGUGCUGGAGGAUGAGGGCAGCCAGGGCACGGAUGCCCCCACCCCAGGCAAUGCUGAGAAUGAGCCUCCAGAGAAAGAGACAUUGUCCCCGCCCAGAAGGACUCCUGCACCCCCAGAACCCGGCAGCCCAGCCCCCGGCGAGGGGCCCAGUGGGCGGAAGAGGCGGCGAGUGCCACGGGAUGGACGCCGAGCAGGAAAUGCACUGACUCCAGAGCUGGCCCCGGUGCAGAUUAAGGUUGAGGAAGACUUUGGCUUUGAAGCAGAUGAGGCCCUGGAUUCCAGUUGGGUUUCUCGGGGUCCAGACAAACUGCUGCCCUACCCGACCCUGGCCAGCCCAGCCUCUGACUGACGCAUGCCCAGUAAACUGACCCCACACUCA